CUCUUCUCGCGAGAUUCAGAUUGACGUGUCCCGGCCCACUAUCCCACGGAAUCGCUCUUGACCCACUUCCACGAUCUCAUAUUAAGUAUUCUUGUCAUGUCACUCUUUGCCAUAUAGAAGCUCCUCUAUUCAGGUCUAAACAAUCACUUUUGACAAUUUGCACAUCUAUAUACGAUGAACUCUCGGAAAGUAACAAAAUCGGCAACUCGAGAUGGAAGACGGAGAAAAGUUACCAAGCAAGCACACAAGUUUUCAGAUGCAGCUUCCGUUUUAAUCGACUAUUCUUCAAUUCUUUCCAUGGUUCUUGGAGGAUGUUGCGCAGCGAGGAUAGGAACGUAUGGACAUAUGAGCAACUGCUCAUGAUGAAUCCUGCAAUCGGUUCCGCCCUUACGUUUUCGCAGAUGAUAUUCAUCACCACACAAUCUCUGCCUUCUUUUCUCUACUUUCCUCGAAAUCAGGACAAUAGAAGAUCUAUUUUACCUCGUUUGAAACCAAGACAAGUUCCGUUGUCUCAAUGGGCACUUCAAGUUAUCGUUCUGACUACUGGAUCUCUCUUGAACAACUGGGCAUUCGCGUUCAAUGUUCCUUUAGCAGUUAUGAUUGUCUUCCGGUCUGCUGGCUUAGCUAUUUCCAUGCUCCUCGGUUUCGUGGUCCUCAAGAGACGGUACACGCUUUUACAAGUGAUAUCCGUCGUAUUGGUCUCGGUCGGAGUUGUAUUGGCAACGUUGUCAAAGUCCCCCGGCUCACACUCGAAAAUAGAGGGAUCAUCAGCAGACGUGAAAAGAUAUUCGAUCGGAAUUGGGAUGCUCGUGGUAUCUUUGCUGCUGACGGGGAUCUUGGGGAUUUUGCAGGAGAAAACCUACAAAAAAUACGGACCGUGUUGGAAGGAAGGAGUUUUCUACACACAUUUUCUUUCUCUUCCUAUCUUCCUGUUCCUCAUUCCUGAUGUCAAGCAAGGCUUAGCCAGCCUUUCAGGAGAUGAAAAAUCGACGUUCGUUGCGUGGUUAAUGUUGGGCGGGAACCUGAUCACACAACUUGUCUGCGUUUCUGGCGUAAAUCGCCUUACCUCUCGAGUGUCGUCUGUAUCGACGAAUCUCGUCUUGACCACCCGUAAAGCUAUGAGUCUGUGCAUCAGUGUGUUAUGGUUUGGUGGAUGGAAUUCACGGUUAGCUGCUGGAGCUUGUAUGGUUUUCUCUGGCAGUUUGUUGUUCAGCGUGAGUAAUCACGCAAAGAAGGAAUCGGACAAGAAGGAUCAAUAGAGGUGAACCUCAUGAUCAUUAGAGGGUCAGUGGGGAAUGGAUUUCUGUAUGUCGGUCCAACGUAAUGAAAUACUUGUCAGGCACGCAAUUUCGCGAUAUGACGACAGAAAUCUCUUUAUAAGCUGCAGGCGCACAAGUUCAGAU